AUGGGAGCAGAGACCAUGGAGUCCCCUUCUCUGCUUCUCUGCAAAGGGCUCCUGCUCACAGCCUCACUUUUAACCUGCUGGAACUCGCCCACUGCAGCACUGCUAACACACAAAGAGAUGCGGUUCUCGGCUGCCGAAGGGGCAAAGGUUCUUCUCUAUGUUCCUGACCAGGAAGAGAACCUCCUCUCUUUUUCCUGGUACAAAGGGAAAGAUGUAAAUGAGAAUUUUACAAUUGCGCAUUAUAAAAAAUCCAGCGACUCACUUCAACUUGGAAAGGAAGUCAGCGGCAGGGAAGAAAUCUAUAAGGACGGCUCCAUGCUGCUCCACGCCAUCACCCAGGAAGACACGGGAUUCUACACUUUAAAAACCUUUAAAGCACAUAACCAACAGGAAAUAACAUAUGCCCAUCUCCAAGUAUAUAAGAUUGUGACAAAGCCCUAUCUCCAGCUCAACCACACUAGAGUGAAAAGGAGGAGUGCCUCAAUUUUCACCUGCGUGUCACCUGACACCGGAGUGGAGAUCAAUUGGUUCUUCAAUUACAAGCCCCUGAACAUCACGGAGAGGAUCACGCUGUUACCCGAAAAGCACCAGCUCACCAUAUCUCCUGUCUGGAAGGCAGAUGCAGGGAUCUAUCAGUGUGAAGUCUCCAACUCCUUUAGUUCCAAGAAGAGUAACCCAUUGCUCAUGGUGUUGGCUUAG